UCCUGCGCAGACCAGUUGGUUCGUUUGGCCGAGGACAUAAUUAUACAUAUAUAAUAAUAUUAACUUUAUUUAUAUAAUUAUAAUUACAUAAGUAUAAUUUUGCAAACUGAUAAGUGAAUAGUAUUGUGGAAAGAAGAUUAGUGUGACAAUUUUAACAAUAUUAUUUUUAUAUAACUAAACACGAUGGCGAUGGUCCAGCAAGCUAUGCAAGGAUACCAAUAUGUAUUUCACGAAUUAUCUGACCCUCGGACAAAGGACUGGUGGCUAGUAUCAAGCCCUGGCACUCUUCUCACAAUACUGGCAACAUACCUCUACUUCUGCACAAAGGCUGGACCACGAUACAUGAAGGAUAAGAAGCCUUACAGUCUAAAAGGAGUUGUGAUGGUCUACAAUGUUUUUCAAAUCAUUCUCAGUCUAUUCAUGUCUGUUAUUGGCUUCACUUUCUUCUUAACUGAGAGUUACAAGAACAAAUGCUAUUCAGUGGAUUACUCGGAGAACCCUAGAGCAAUGCUGUGGGCGACAGGUACUUGGUGGUUCUUCUUCGCCAAGAUCACAGAACUGUUGGACACAGUCUUCUUCGUGCUGCGAAAGAAGGACAGACAGAUCUCCUUUCUCCAUCUUUACCAUCAUACUGUUAUGCCCGUCAUUGGAUGGAUUGGAGUCAAGUAUGCUGCAGGAGGACAAGCCAUUCCCGAGGGUUGCAUCAACGCGAUAAUCCACGUGUUUAUGUACACUUACUACCUCAUCUCCGGCCUUGGACCCGAGUACCAGAAGUACCUGUGGUGGAAGAAGCAUCUUACUAGUAUGCAGCUGAUCCAGUUCUGCAUCAUCGUGUUCUUAAACGUCAACAGUCUAUCUUCAAGCAGCUGCAACUAUCCUAAAUACCUAAGCAUCUUUGUCAUGAUGAACUGCUUCGCUUUCUUCUAUAUGUUUGGAAAGUUCUACUACAACAGCUACAUGCAAGGAACCAAAAAACAUUUCGUGCCCAUCUGUCAAAAGUCACAAUGAACAUUCUUCUGCUUUGAAAGUUAUAGCAUAAUUGAGGGUAACGGUGGUAGUGUUUCUAUUUCGCACUUUAUUGCUCCUCCGUUCUUGUUUUAUAAUCGACCAUAAAAUUAAGAGUUUAAGUAUUAAACUCAUUUGUACAUCACAAUUUUGACUAGGUUUAUUUUUCCUUACCGAUAUGUGAUACUUUUGUAUUGUUAUAAUAAUUAUGGAGCCUAACUCUUAUAGGUGAUUGUUUUUAAGGUCCAUUGUUGCAAUAUUGGUUUACUUUAAUAUCAACUUAAUGUCUUCUCUAUAAAGUUGGUUAUUGAAGUUAAAUGACUAGCUCGAUUCGCUUUAUUUAUAAAGUGCCUGUACAUAUCUACUUUCAUAUUUCCUGUUGCUAAACUGCAUCUUAGUGUAGAAAUUAUCAAUAACUUUAUUUCUAUAAUAUAUUAGAAUUAUGUAAAUAAUAAAUAUUAUUUAAACAGUAA